AAAGUCUACAACAUGUCUUUAUGGGGCAAGCUUUAAGAAGGGUCCCAAGAGGACCACUCUUGAAAAGUCAGUUCCAGUUCCAGAUAAGCAAUACCUCAUAGCUGUGGACCAGAAUUCAGCCCCUGCUCAGAAAGACUGGGAUGAUGGCCAUUCAUCAGAAAGUCCCUCCAAGUCACAAAAGUACAUGGAGUUGCAGGCAGCCAUGAUAAUCCAGACCUGGUGGAGGGGACAUUUGGUUCGGCGGACACUGCUGCAUGCAGCUCUACAGGCUUGGACUGUCCAGUGCUGGUGGCGGUUGUGGGCUAGGCAUUGGCAGAAGGAAUGGCGCCUAAGUGUUCUAGUAAAUUACAUACGUCAAGAGAGGGCAGCUGUGCAGCUGCAGUCAUUGGUGAGAAUGUGGAGAUUUCGGAAGCUCUUUUGCCGUACCCGUUCAGCUGCCUGCCUCAUUCAGAACAGUUGGCGGGACUGGGUGCAUCAAGGGUUGCUUCUAAGACAUUACCAGCUAUCUCCCACCAGUAUGGAACUUGAUAUUGAGAUACAGCUGAAAUCCCCCUAAUACAUUUCCUGCCAUCAACUGGAUAAAGGGUAAUAAAAAGGAAUAUUUCUCAUCA